AUGUCAAAGGGACCCAUCACAUGCCACGUUCUUGAUAUCUCUCUUGGAAGACCAGCAGAGGGAGUGGAGGUUAACAUUCAGACCUACCAUAAAGGACAGAGAAAUGUUGACAUCUUCAGUCCAUUUGCACAUGGCGUUACGGAUGCCGAUGGGCGAUGCUUAAACAUGUUGCCUCCACGAGGAUCCGACGAGGCCAGGUUGCAGAAUAAACAAGUGGAUGCUGGGACUUACAAGAUCGUCUUCAAGCCGAAGGAUUAUUUUGAAAAGACAGGCAGAAAAUGUUUCUAUCCCUGGGUGGAGAUCACUUUCGAAAUCGAAAACCCAGAAGAACAUUACCACAUCCCACUUUUGAUUAGCCCGUAUUCCUUCACCACUUAUAGGGGAAGUUGA